AUGUCAGGCGACCCGCGCGUUCCUGGCGCCGUGUGCAGGAUCAACGCCCUGCCCGAUGACAUGCUCCUCCUCAUCUUGUCCUACCUGAAUGCCCGCCAGGUCGUGCAGACGUGCGCGCUGUCACGGCAGUGGCGCAACCUCCGGCGUUCCGUGCCCCACAUCAACACCACGCCCGCCGAGUUUGAGCACAUGCCUAAUGACUGCCGGGAGUACACCGUGCUGUUCAAGAAGUUUCUCAACCGUUUCUUGAUGCUCCGUAACCCAUUUGCCUUGGACGAGUUUCGGCUCUGGUUGGAGCUGGAUCCCGCGGUGUUUCUUCCUGGAUGCUUCUUGAGAAGGCUGCAUCUUACAAGUGUUAUCUUGUACCCUGGUUUCUUUUGCCAACUUGGAAUAGGUUGUAAAGCAUUGAAGUAUCUCAUAUUACAUGACUGUGGCAUUUCUGAUGUUCAGAUCAUCUCUAAGACGCUGAAGGUUUUGACCAUGGAUAUUGAUUGUUACUACUCAUUUGAAGAACAGUGCUCUAUUUCGAUUCCCAGCCUGGUCUGUCUUAACUAUAAUCAUCAAACAAUAAUACCUCUGCUGAAGAACAUGAAAUCACUGGAGAGAGCAUGUUUGGUACUCGAUACCGACGAUACCGAUGUUGAUGAUAUCCGUCAGUUCCUCAAGAGCCUCUCUGGUAUUACUGAUUUAAACUUCAGUUACGAGGGAGAUAUGCCGAGGAGGAACGAACCCUCCAGCACCGGAUCUGGCGCCAAUGCGAAGAGGAAGCAGCCCUCUACCGUCGGGAGCGAGGUCAACUUGGAGGAGCCCCUGGUUGGCCAUACACAUCAGAGAUUCAUUGGGGAGCUAGAAGAAAGGUCGUUCAGCUGUGAGCACCUUGAUAGUGUUGAUAUUGUUUGCUGGGAGGUUCAAGAACAUGAUCCCGUGCUCGACAACCUGGUGGAGCUUCUGACUGAGAAUGGCAUAGAACGUGAUGAGAUUGACAUCAGUAUCUCACUAUAG